AUGAACAUGGAAAAUGAAAAUCUUCAUCUUGACCAUAUAUUUCCCCAAUGUAGAGAUGACUACAAGAGAGCUCAAAUUAUUUAUCCUAAUGGUUCUCGGAUAAACACAGAUUUGGGAUAUGCAUGUGAAGAUUUUAAUAAAGAAAUAGCUGUAUUACCUUGGAGUCAUUAUCAAGUUGAUUGUGUAAGUAUUGGUAGAUAUUUGCAUUUUAUAAAAAAUAUUUCAAAAAAUAAAAAAUCACACUGUAAAUAUUUCAAUUAUAUCUUAAUGCAUAAAAUAUUAAGCAAAGGAACAAAGUGUUACAAUGCAAUUAAUUGCUAUAAUAAAAUGAUAAAUAUACAAAAUAGAGGAUAUGAUAGAAUACCAAAUGUGUGCAAAGAUUAUGUUGAACAACUUGAUGGAAAGGAAUUUAGAAUAUUUCAUGAUCUAGAUCAACUAUAUAUGAAUUUUGAAAAAGUAAAAUUAUAUAGCACUAAAUGCCGAGUUGCUGGCUUUUGUUAUAAUACAUAUAAAUCACUCCUAGAAAGGAGUCGACAUAUUAAUAUAGAUGGUUUUGAUAAUGCAUUGAAAGAAUUUAAAUAUAAAUAUGAAGAAUAUAUGAAAAAUGUAUAUUCUUGCGGAAAUGAACUUAAAUUAUUAUAUUCAUUCCCUGAAAGAGAUGUAUCCAUUACAACGAAAACAGAUAAAUCAUCAACAACAGAAAAAAUUCCAAGGACACAAGAAGAACAGUUCAAAGAAACCAUGUUAGAUACAUCAUCGGUAGCAGAAGCCAUUACAGAGAUUGAUUCCGAGAUAAAAUCAGGUAUACUUGUUUUAGUCUUUGCUAUAUUAAUAGUAGUAUUCAUUCUGUGUAAGUAUACCCCUUAUUUUUCAUGUUUGAAACCAAGAUUAGGUAUAUUAAAUAAAAGGUUAAAUAGAGAGCAUACAGAACGUCAUAAUUUAAUUGAUUCAUUUAAAAAGGAACUCAAUCCUUUAAAAAAAAGUAAUAAGCACCAAAUUGCAUAUAAAUUAGAACAUUAUUGGUAA